AUGUCCUCGGUCGCACAGCAUUCUCGAGAGCAGGAGCCUCUGCUCAGCUCCACCUCGGAGACAGGUCGGGAGCCAGAGGACUAUAACAUCGCAUGGAAUCUCCUCAGUGACACCGCAAGUGUCGCGCAAAUUGGCAUAUGGGUGCUGGCCAUCCUUGUUUGGUACAAUGUCUUGUCGAUGCCGUUGAUGCUCUUCACAGGCCACCCACUUUUAGCCAGUACCGCUCUUCUUCUACAGGUCCAGGCAGCACUCAUCCUUCAACCGACCGUGACACCCAACCAGAAACAGCGGGGUACUCGCAUCCACUUUACCCUGCAACUCCUCAGCAUCCUCUGUUUCGUGGCUGCGUUCAUCGUGAUUGAGCUGAACAAGGGCACCCAUCCUCACUUUACCUCCCCGCACGGCGUUCUCGGUCUGAUCACGAUCAUUCUCGUGGUGCUCCAAGCCCUGGUCGGAGUCGUGCAGUACUUCUUCCCCAUCACCGUCCUGGGCAGUGUGGACGCGGGCAAACGGAUCUACAAGUACCAUCGCUGGACCGGCUAUGUUCUGCUACUGCUGGAGGUUGCGACUGUCCUGGCGGCGACCCAGACCGGCUUCAACCUGAACGCCAUUCACAUUCCCACUUGGGGCGUGGUCGUGGCGGUCGCCCUCGUCGUGGUCGGAGUGGGCGCCCGCGUCAAGGCGCGCAAGUUGGGACUGGGUGAUGCAUAA